GAACAACUACGAGACGGUGUUGGACGAUUUCUUGGUGACUAUUUCUUUACAUGUAGCCUCAUCGAAUUUGCUGAUAUAUUAGCGGACAAUGUAUAUGGUCCUGUGUAUAUGUACUACUUUACAAUGCGGUCCACUGCGAACCCAUGGCCGAAAUGGAUGGGAGUCAUGCAUGGUUAUGAGAUUGAGUACGCUUUUGGACAGCCACUGACCAGGCCGUCGCUCUACGACAAGGAAGCUGAAGUUCGUGGUAGAAUUUACCGUAUUACCGGAGUCACUGCAUACAAGGAAGGGCUAAGCGGUCUUUCUGAAUGCCGCGCUCGUCGUACACAGCCAGCUGCUGCUAUUCAAAGUACCAGUAGCGGUGUGAGCAGCCUCACUGCCACCAUGCUUGCUGUUGUCGUCGUUCUCGCU